GUGAGUAGAAGGAUGAACAUGGGCCUCGGUUCUUUACUCUUCCUUCUCUUAGAUCUUACAUUAUAUUACAACACUUGUCACCUCAAUUUUCUUCAAUCCGAUUGUUUAACUUCGAAUGCAUCAAUAGCUUCACCAUCUUACUUCAAUCUAUCCGAUCUUAGUUCAUUUCAUUAGCAGUUCUGUUACUCAGAUCUUCCUGCUGCCUGAAUUCCCCGUGGAUUAAUUGCGGAACGGCCUCGUACUGAUAUUCGAUAGAUUUCAUCUUGUGGGUUUCUCCAAUCUAUAGAGCAAGGAAAAUGCAAUCGGAUCUUGGUAAGCUAUUCAUUGGUGGGAUUUCUUGGGAUACUGAUGAAGAACGACUAAAGGAGUACUUUAGUGGUUUUGGAGAGGUAUCGGAGGCAGUAAUAUUGAAGGAUCGGAUUACAGGAAGGGCUCGUGGCUUUGGUUUUGUUGUCUUCACCGAUCCAGCUGUUGCAGAAAAAGUCAUCCAAGAGAGGCACAACAUUGAUGGAAGAAUGGUGGAGGCUAAAAAGGCAGUUCCAAGGGAUGAUCAUAACACAAUGAUUAGAAACAAUAGCAUCAUGCAUGGCUCUCCUGGUGCAGGGCAGACAAAAAAGGUAUUUGUUGGCGGUUUAUCAUCCUCUGUAACAGAAACUGGCUUCAAGAACUAUUUCGAGCAAUUUGGAACCGUAAGUGAUGCUGUAGUGAUGUAUGAUCACAAUACACUGCGCCCUAGAGGAUUUGGAUUCAUAACUUUUGAUUCUGAGGAAUCAGUAGACAAAGUUUUGAUGAUGAAACCUUUUCAUGUGCUGUAUGGGAAGAUGAUUGAGAUCAAAAGGGCUGUCCCUAAGGAGUUAUCUCACGGUUCUAGCCGUAGCCCUGUGAGUUUGAGUGGGAUUAGUAAAAUUCUUAAUCAAGGUUAUGGUGUGAAGAUGGAUAUUGGUAGGUUCAGCAGCCCGUUAGGCUCAAGUUACAGAAUGGGUUUGAAUUUUGAACCAAGUUUCGAAGGAAACACUAGCUUCAAUAGCUAUGGUAGAGGAAUCAGUCCUUUUUAUAUUGGAAACUCGAAUCGGUUUGCCAAUCCCAUUGGCUACGAAGGAGGAAAUGGUGGAAACUCUUCUUUUUUUAGUUCGGGAUCCCAAAGUUUGUUGGGUAAUUGGGGUAUCUCUCCUUUGUCAAACCAAGAUGGUGAUAAUCUAGGUUAUGGGAUCAAUGAUAACGGUUAUGGGCUUUAUGGACUAGGAGGAGAAGGAGGGUCUAGGCGUAGUAGCUUCUCGGCAGGUGGCCAUUUCACAUCAAGUGGAGGUUAUGAUGGGUCGGGUUAUGGAGAUCCUACUCGGCGUUCAACGAUCCAUCUUGAAAGGGAUGAUGGACCGGGUUCGUUUGAUUUUAUGAGGGGUGGUAAUGGAGGAUUGGAUGUUUCAACCAAAAGUCCAAUUGGCUAUUAUGGUGGUUAUAAUGUUGCUAAGAGACAGAAUAAUAGAGGGAUAUCGGGCUAGGAGGAGAGUAGCUGUAUCUACAUGCUUAAAUAGGCGAAGAAACCAUGGUUCAAUUUUUCGCACUUCCUCGUGGACAUACAUCUUGGUAAACGAAAUAUUGCAGAGAAAUUAAUUAGGUAGAGCCUUUUAAGUUAGAUAUGUGCUAAGUUUUGAACCUUUUUGUUGUUCUUUUUGUUGUAUUGAGUAUAAAAUCAGAUUGUGGAAUUAUGGUCAAGAUAAAACAGGCUGGGGCAACCCUUGUUCAUGAAGGGGGGUUGCCUUAAACGUAGAAACGUUUGCCUUUUCGGUUGCUUUUAGUGGGCUUAGUCUCUAGCUGAUGAUGUUUCCUGCUAAUGGCUUUGAAAUUAUGUGUUAAAUGGUUUUUGUUUGGACCAGAAAAGAAACUUUUGUUUAUUAUGUUUUAACUUGAGUUCAUUAUUGUUUAA